AUGGUCGUCAUCAUUAUCAACAGUGUUUAUAUAUUGGGAGCAUCUAGUAGCCUCUACACUAACAUUCUAGUUCCCACCAGACGCAACGCAAUAAUUCCUUUUUUUUUUCUUCUUCUUGUUCUUAAAGCCACGUCAUGUCCGCACGAUCUAAUCACUUUGCUUUCCAGGAAAAUGCAACUCACUCGGACAAAACAUAAAAAGGAGAUUAUGAAACUCUAUGAUUCAUGUUGGUUUGAGAUGGAAAUUUUCAAGACACAGAAAUCUCCAUCAACAUCUGCAAGUUUUGAACCAAACCCAGAUUACCAAAUUGAAGAAAACUCAUCAAAACCAGAUUUUACACGCACCUCAACUCUCCAUACAAGGUCCAUGAGUGACCAGUCGACCUUAAUUAGCACAAGUUUCAUAGGUUCUGAUUCUUUCUCACCAGACUCAGUUCUCCACUCACCAAAGCUCCAUAAAAUCAUAUCAGGCAAAGAAAUUACGGAAGAAGAGUUGCAAGAAACUAUUCAAGAAUCACCUAACAAGAAGGUGGUUGCUAGUAGGAGAAUUACAAGAAGAAAGAAGGGUACAACUAAGAGCUUGUCAGACUUGGAAUUUGAAGAGCUAAAAGGGUUUAUGGAUCUUGGCUUUGUUUUCUCAGAGGAAGAUAAUAAGGAUUCAAGGUUGGUUGAGAUAAUUCCUGGGUUGCAGAGAUUGGGAAGGAAAGAGGGUGAAGAAGACAGUAAGGAAGCUGAUGAUAAGGUUGAAGUUUCAAGGCCUUAUCUUUCAGAAGCGUGGGAACUUUCAGAAAGAAGAAGAAAAGAGAACCCUUUGAUGAAUUGGAAAGUCCCUGCUUUGGGUAAUGAGAUUGACAUCAAAGACAGCCUCAGGUGGUGGGCUCAUACUGUUGCAUCUACUAACAACAAUUUUUUCCGUCAACGAAUUGAUGAUUUACUGGGUCCUUAG